GCCUCAACAGUGAUCUGAGUCUGCUUUUAGUGUCCCUUCACCUGCCUUGGCUUAUUUGUGUUCAAGAACAGCUGUUUGGCCUAUAGAUUAGAAAAAGGGGUCCCCCUACCUACUCUCACCCAAGAUAUCAUCUUCUAAGUGCUCAGAGAUGGGGAGUGGGGAGCCUAAUACUGCUGGCAAGAAAAAGAAGUACCUCAAGGCUGCCCUGUAUGUAGGUGACUUGGACCCUGACGUCACAGAGGACAUGCUCUAUAAGAAGUUCAGACCUGCUGGCCCACUGCGCUUCACUAGAAUCUGCCGUGACCCAGUGACCCGUAGCCCCCUGGGUUAUGGUUAUGUUAACUUCCGCUUUCCUGCAGAUGCUGAAUGGGCAUUGAACACCAUGAAUUUUGAUUUAAUUAAUGGUAAACCAUUUCGCCUCAUGUGGUCACAGCCAGAUGACCGCUUAAGAAAGUCUGGAGUUGGAAAUAUAUUCAUCAAAUACUUAGAUAAAACCAUAGACAAUAGGGCCCUAUUUUAUUUAUUUUCUGCUUUUGGGAACAUUCUUUCCUGUAAAGUUGUAUGUGAUGAUAAUGGCUCUAAGGGCUAUGCUUAUGUUCACUUCGAUAGCCUUGCUGCUGCCAAUAGGGCUAUCUGGCACAUGAAUGGAGUCCGGCUCAAUAACCGCCAGAUAUAUGUUGGCCGAUUCAAAUUUCCUGAAGAGAGAGCAGCAGAAGUCAGAACCAGAGAUAGAGCAACAUUUACCAAUGUUUUCGUAAAAAACUUUGGAGAUGGCAUAGAUGAUGAAAAACUAAAGAAACUUUUCAGUGAAUAUGGGCCAACUGAGAGUGUUAAAGUAAUGAGAGAUGCCACUGGGAAAUCUAAAGGCUUUGGAUUUGUAAGAUAUGAAACACAUGAAGCUGCCCAAAAGGCUGUGCUAGAACUACAUGGCAAGUCAAUAGAUGGAAAAGUCCUAUGUGUAGGGAGAGCACAGAAGAAAAUUGAACGUCUGGCUGAGUUAAGGCGGAGAUUUGAACGGCUGAAACUAAAAGAAAAAAAUAGGCCUCCAGGAGUGCCUAUCUAUAUUAAGAACUUGGAUGAGACCAUCAAUGAUGAGAAACUAAAGGAGGAAUUUUCUUCAUUUGGAUCAAUCAGUCGAGCCAAAGUGAUGAUGGAAGUGGGGCAAGGCAAAGGGUUUGGUGUUGUCUGCUUUUCUUCUUUUGAAGAGGCUUCCAAAGCAGUGGAUGAGAUGAAUGGUCGUGUAGUAGGCUCCAAGACAUUGCAUGUCACUCUGGGGCAAGCUAGGCACAGGUGGUGAUAAAUACUAUGAUUAAUUUGUUUAGCC